GGUCAUUAAACCGAAAAUGAUGUCGUCAUCACUUCGGGAAACGUAUAAAUCAUGAACGGUUUGACAAAUUGAGACCCAGAACGCGGUCAUCAUAAGCGAUAUCAAUGCUGAAGUCAACCGCCACAGCGGGUCUCCCAAAGAAAGAUUGGAAACGAAGGUUCAGCCUCCGAGAUAGCCGCAGAAGAGGGUUGGACACUCGAUCCCAAUCGGGAGGUAGCAGGCGUUGGACAAGUCUCAGACAUUAUCCUCAUAUGCAUCCUGAACAAGUGAAUCUCACGUCACCGCCAUCAAUGCCGUCGACUUCUACCAAUAGUCCUGUACCGGAGGUUGUGAAGAAAAGCAAUUGGCAGGUUAUCGAACAUUUCGGUUCGACUAACAAAGGAAGUCUUUCAUCUUCUUUGAUUGCGGUGGAAAUGCUCUAUCAGCGAUAUUUUUUGAAAAUGAAUCAAAGCAAUAUGACGAAUCUGAUAUCACUGCUACUAGUAUUUUGCACAGGACUAUUCAUACUAGUAGGGGUGGACUUUAUUUUGGAACAAUAUUCAGAUAGUUUAUCUCAAGAUAGAAACAACAAAUUGCUGGGACUCAUAUCGACGGCGGGGGGCUGCUUAAUACUUUACGGGGUAAUUUUUACAAUUCUCUCUCGACCUGCAAUGAACGAAGUUCAUCUGAUCAUCAUUUCCUAUUUUGUACUCAUCACUUUCCUUGCAUUAGAGAUUUGUAUAUCAAUUUUCUGUGGAAAACUUCGGCCGCUCGCUGGAACAGCAACUACCCUUGUGUACACUUAUCUGACGUACUCCCUCCUGCCAGUUCGUCUGAAGGACGCCCUUUUAUUCGGAACGAUUCUUAUGGUGGUUGACUUAUUAGAAAUGGGCUACAUAGCUGAGUGCUCCCCAAAGGAGAUUUGGAGCAGUUCUAUUGUUUUGUUAUGUACAAACAUUGCCGGCACAUGUACGCACUAUCCGAGAGAAAUAGCCCAGCGAAAAGCAUUUCUAGAAACCAGACAGUGCAUUGAGGCAAGAUUGAAGAUUCAACGUGAAAACCAACAACAGAGGUUGUGUAUGAAAGUCUCAAUUUUGAUCAACAUACUUUUCGCCGAUAUUUGUGGAUUUACAACACUAUCGGACCAAUGCACAGCUGAAGAAUUGGUUAGACUUCUCAACGAAUUAUUUGCAAGGUUCGAUCGUCUGGCAGCUGAACAUCACUGCCUCAGGAUUAAGCUCCUAGGGGACUGCUAUUACUGCGUCUCCGGGCUGCCCGAACCUAGACCCGAUCACGCUCACUGUACCGUCGAAAUGGGACUAGACAUGAUAGAUGCGAUAGCCUUAGUUCGAGAAGUUAUGGCAGUGAAUAUAAAUAUGAGGGUUGGAAUUCAUACGGGCAGGGUUCACUGUGGGGUUCUCGGGCUCAGGAAGUGGCAGUUCGACGUCUGGUCCAAUGACGUAACUCUUGCCAACCACAUGGAAAGUGGAGGGAUCCCAGGGAGAGUACACAUUACGGAGGAGACGUUGCGUUGCCUGAACGGGGACUACGAAGUAGAGCCUGGAAAUGGGGGAGAACGCAACAUCUACCUAAAAGAUCAUUCCAUUGAAACUUAUUUAAUAGUCCCACAGGACUCAUACAGGGUGGUAAGUACACAAUAUUGUUUCAGCAUCCAAACAAAACUAAAUGGCACAAAAUAUCAUUCUUUAUUUAGUUUGACGACGAGGUUGGGUUUGGGUGAAGCAGCAGAUGAAAAAAAUCCUGAAGACGAGGUGAACGAGUACUUAAUGAAAGCGAUCGACGCUCGAAGUAUCGAUCGACUGCGAUCUGAACACUGUCGACCCCUUUUGUUAACAUUUAGAGAAGCAGAUAAGGAAACAAAGUAUGCAAAGGAGAGAGAUAGAAUGCUUAAAUUGUAUUUUUUAUGCUCCAUCGUAUGUUUUGUGACUAUUUUAACAACUGAACUUAUACAUGAAAGAAAUGUUUACACGUUGGUGUGUGCAAUAACGCUGUUUUUAAUAUUGGUCGCAGUGCAACUUGUAGUAGUUGUAGAACGAGUCCAGAGCAUUGGCGGUACUCUGCACAAAAUUUCCAGGGCUAUUCACGGAAACAGAAAUAACGCUCAAAUUUUAUCUACUUUUGUAAUCUUCCUAGUAUUCUGUAUGGCUCUAGCAUCAACGCUUCCAUCACCUUCUUCCACGUACGUAAGAAACGAAACAAUAAUUGAUACAUUGGACUCAACAGAUGAUUCCGUAAUCUAUUAUUUACAUAGUACUGAUAGGUUUUUACUUCUAAUUCUAAUUUCGAUGAUAGCCUGCGCUGUGUAUCAAGUACUGAUCUCUUUACUUAAGACAAUUCUAAUGUUAAUUAUGAUGGCUGGUUACUUCCACAUUUUCUUUUUAAGAAAGUUCGAGUACGAGUCCACAUACAAAACAGGGUCUGUCACAGGAACAUCGUUGACGAUGGAGUAUGUAAGUGUUGUGGUAGUAAUAGGGUUCGUUCUGGCUUUAAUAAUUCACAGUCAACAAACAGAAGCGACGUACAGGUUGGAUUUCGUGUGGAAAUUGCAAGCUACUGAGGAGAAAGAAGAUAUGGAACAUUUGGAGGCAUACAACAAAAAGCUUUUAGCGAAUAUUCUUCCCGUGCAUGUAGCUGAACAUUUUUUAAAUAGCGAUAAUAACGAUGUAAUGUUGUUUGAUGUUGUAAAAAUAUUUUAUUGUUAUUUAUCGUUUUACAAUAAGGGUUACGAACGCGAUUUGUAUUUUUAUUUCAGAAAUGUUUACACGUUGGUGUGUGCAAUAACGCUGUUUUUAAUAUUGGUCGCAGUGCAACUUGUAGUAGUUGUAGAACGAGUCCAGAGCAUUGGCGGUACUCUGCACAAAAUUUCCAGGGCUAUUCACGGAAACAGAAAUAACGCUCAAAUUUUAUCUACUUUUGUAAUCUUCCUAGUAUUCUGUAUGGCUCUAGCAUCAACGCUUCCAUCACCUUCUUCCACGUACGUAAGAAACGAAACAAUAAUUGAUACAUUGGACUCAACAGAUGAUUCCGUAAUCUAUUAUUUACAUAGUACUGAUAGGUUUUUACUUCUAAUUCUAAUUUCGAUGAUAGCCUGCGCUGUGUAUCAAGUACUGAUCUCUUUACUUAAGACAAUUCUAAUGUUAAUUAUGAUGGCUGGUUACUUCCACAUUUUCUUUUUAAGAAAGUUCGAGUACGAGUCCACAUACAAAACAGGGUCUGUCACAGGAACAUCGUUGACGAUGGAGUAUGUAAGUGUUGUGGUAGUAAUAGGGUUCGUUCUGGCUUUAAUAAUUCACAGUCAACAAACAGAAGCGACGUACAGGUUGGAUUUCGUGUGGAAAUUGCAAGCUACUGAGGAGAAAGAAGAUAUGGAACAUUUGGAGGCAUACAACAAAAAGCUUUUAGCGAAUAUUCUUCCCGUGCAUGUAGCUGAACAUUUUUUAAAUAGCGAUAAUAACGAUGAGCUGUACCAUGAACAGUGCAGUUUCGUUUGCAUCAUGUUUGCUUCAAUCCCGAACUUUUCGGAGUUUUAUGUCGAACUAGAAGCGAACAACGAAGGAGUUGAGUGCUUGAGGCUCCUAAAUGAGAUUAUCGCCGACUUCGACGAACUCCUAUCAGACGAGGCGUUUUUUUACAUCGAGAAAAUCAAAUCGACUGGCGCUACUUACAUGGCAGCUUCAGGAUUAACUCAGCAAACGUGUGAUAUGAAAGAUUUCAAGCAUGUUACGGCGAUGGCAGAUUACGCUCUUCGAAUUCGGGAACAAUUGAAUGUCGUUAACGAGCAUUCUUUCAAUAAUUUUCGUAUACGUAUAGGCAUUAAUAUUGGACCGGUCGUGGCAGGUGUGAUUGGGGCUAGAAAGCCCCAGUACGAUAUAUGGGGUAAUGCCGUAAAUGUUGCCAGUCGAAUGGAUAGUACAGGGAUAUUGGAUAAAAUACAGGUUACCAAGGAAGUGUAUCAAAUUCUUAAAACCAAAGGCUAUCCUUUGACGUGUAGAGGGACCAUAGACGUGAAAGGGAAGGGAAAUAUGGAAACUUAUUUGCUGGAAGGUCCCAGGGAUGUCGAUGUCAAACCCGAACCCAAUGUAAUUGUCAAUCCUCUUUGUGAUACUAAUUAAUUAAUUAUCUAAAACUAUUAUUAUUAAUUAACGUAUUGUAGUGAAACCGUCUACUCUCAACCUUAACGUACAAAUUAUUUUAAGAGAGUAUAUACAAGGCAAACUAUCUUUUGUGUCAUCUAAAAAUCGAAUCAGUGUUUGUACUUGUAUGUGAUAACAACUUUGCGUUUUUCCGUACAAAUAGUUUAUUUAUAAAUAAAUGAUAUGUUUUAUUGUUUUUAA